GGGAGGACUGGGACUUCGAGCCUGACAAAUCCCAAUGGGUACGCGGGCCUGACAUACAAGCCUUGGCGUAAGAUCUUUGAGCUCUCGCUGGAAUCCAUUGGCUGGUACAAGGGCAAGAACAUCACCAAGCGUGACGACGUACGCAUCGCAAAGGCCAUCAUGAUGUCGUCGGACGGCAUGGCCAAAGGACUUAUCGACAACCUCACAACCGGAGCAAAGAUGCUCAAGACGCUCAAAGCUAACUUUGACCAGUCGGCCAAGCAGCGCCAGAGGGCCCUGUGGAAGGACCUCGCCGCACUGAAGUAUGACGGCAAUUGCCCCGUCACGUUCAACACCAAGUUUCGCAAAGCUGUGUCCGAAUGCUGCGACGCCGGACUCAAACUCACCAGCAGUCAACAGAUCACUAUGUUCCUCACCGCUACUGAGGACAAGGCCUCAAGCUGGACUCGACAGCAAGAGCAAUUCCUCCGUCGCAACAAGAUGAAGCCGGCAGAGCUCAUGGAAGAGUUCGCCAACGCAUUCCAUCACAAGUUAACCCGUGGAGGCAACGGUAGCCAGAACAACGGAAGGAGCAGCGGAGGCAACAGCUCCCACAACGCUCAAGCGCCUGGCAGAGAUGGUGACAACAGUGACAGUAGCACUAGCCGAAGAGGUCGACGAUCCACCAAGGACGUCGAAUGUUACAACUGCGGCAAGAAGGGCCAUCUCAAGCGAGAUUGCCGAUCCCGCCCUAACGACGGUAAUGAGGAUGAUAAGGGUGCUAGCGCGAAUACCGCAAGAGGGCGAGAGCAAUCCGUCGCGGCGCCACCCGGACUUGAAGAAGCCCUUGGCGACAAGUUCUACGGAGCGAAGGCAGCGUUCGAUUACCAAGAUCUCAUCAACGAAUACGACCAGGCUACUCAAGCCCUUAUCGCACGAAGCUGUACAGCAGACGCUAGAUCGGCUGAUCCUGACCAGCUACUGUUCGACACCGGAGCUGAUAUCCACGUCACAAACGACGAAGACGAUUUUACAGAGGGCACUAUAGUCACACUGAAGAAAAACGCGUAUCCAGUGAUCACUGGCGGUGGCAUCGUACACGCCCAGAAAGUUGGCACAAUUAAGUGGCUCGUGAAAGGUCCGGACGGCCUGCGCAACUAUUUAGCCGCCAAGUAUGUACUAUUCGUACCCAAAUUUCCUAUCAAAGUAUUCUCGGGAAAGCUAUUCUACCUCAACGGCGGUACGAUCCGAGGCAACGAUAUCGUCAGUAAUACCGGCACGGUAGUCACAACAAUAGACGUCAAGAGAAGAGGCUGGCUCUUGUGGCAAUUCGGGAAGAAACAGCCCCAGAGGACACGAAAGAGUCACGUGGACUACCUAAGUGCCCCAGCGCCGGAGCCAGAGCCAGAGCUAGAGCCAGAGGGCGCCCUACAGUCAUUCGGCUUCACAGCAGAAGAGGUCGCCAGUACGAAGCGAGUCAUGGACAACACGAUAGUCAGCCCAAGGAUUGUGGAGAUGACGGACGACCUGGCAGGUGUGACACCGCACGAGUGUUUCCACCAAGAGUUGGCGUCAGAGGGCGAAUGGACACCGGAUGUGGCCAACUUACGGAUCCCAGGAUCCCUAGCGCUAGUACAUGAAGACGUCACAGAUGAAGACAUAAUCAAGCCGCGCAGAGGACUGCCCCGCAAGGCCAAGCCGAACAUACGAGCCCUAUAUCCAAGAGGGCGCAGACGUUGAUGAUGUUGGUCAAGAUGUGGAAGCCGGCUACGUCAGGCCACGUUGGGUGCUAAGCGACCAGAAUCCGGCCGACGGUCUCACCAAGCCUUUGGACAGGACUAAAUUCAAUCAAUUCAUUGACCUGCUGGGGAUGGAACGAUUGGAGGCAGGAGCACUGGACGUGAAGCGCGACGGCGGUGAAAGGCGGCAGAAUCGCACUACUAUUGAGUGAUGAAGAAGCCGUAUUUGCAGGAAUUGGACCCUAGAACCUACAGUGGCGAGAGGGCGUGUGGGAUUGAGCGCCACGGUUAU